GCCAGUGUGUACGAUUUGGGGGAUCUAUUGGCAGAAAUGUAAUAAGUGGCCAAUCAGGUACUAAUGGAAAGUGGGACAAUUAAUGUGUCAGUUGUGGUCGAAACAUCAGAUUAACACAGUCCUUUGCUGCCCCAUCUGCCGUCAGCUUGCCCUGCAAAUCCAAUUAUGUUCUUAUGUCCCCCAGUCUAAAAAUAGUUGAAAAUGAAGCAAAACGCUGAAGCAACACGUCAUUAGUUGAGAGACCGUGGCAAACGAUGUUACGGAGCUGAUGUGUCCGCUGUGUGGAGACGAUGGAGAUGGUGUGACAAGCUGCCAUGACGGACAGUAGCACUCGGCCGAGGGAAAGGAGGGUGGAAUGGCAGCAGGGGGAUGCAUAGGAGGAAGAAGGAUUAGGUUCAGAGUGGCGAAUGUCUGAAGGAACUUAAAGAGGAAUAUUUUCAGAUACCGGAUGAAAUAAGCAGGAUGGGUACAUUUGUGACCCUGGCGGAAGUGUUGGAGGCCCGGGGUUCAAAACUGGACGAGGAUGAGGUCUGGUGUCUUUUGCUCGCCACCACUGAGGCCUUACUGGACAUUUCCAAAAAAGGUUCAGGCAACAUGUGCAACGUGCUGAGCCCAGGCUCGGUGCUGCUGUCAGCCAACGGGAGUCUGGCCUUCAAGAGCUGUGCCCGAUACGAAGACGUGGCCUCCUUCACAGCGCCAGAGAUCCAGCAGGGUCACGCUGCCUCCACCAGGACUGCAGUCGAAAAGAUGGUUGCGUACUCACUGGGGAUGACUCUUUAUUGGUGUGUUGAUUAUCAUCUACCUCAAAACCAGCCGGUCCAGCUGAGUGCAGAGCUGGAGGGUUUGCUGCUGAGCAUGUGCGAGGACAUAGUGGUCAGACGGACCGACCUGCUCACGGUGCUGGAGACCUGCGAGCUUCACCACAGGGCCUCGAUGCUGCCUCCUCCCGAACGACUCGUCAGGCAGCUGGUAGAAGACGUCUACAGAAACUCGGUUGAUCAUGUGUCCAUGGCUGAAAACGGAUCCCGGCUAACAGACCGCAGUCAAAUGAUCAGGGACAGAUUACACAGAGGCUCUUUUAGCAACUCAACAUGGGCGCUGAAGAAAAAGAUUUCUAGAACAUUCUCCGGAGCAGCUUAUCCAUGCGAGCCCACAGGCCCCUGUAGUCCGUACAUGGAUGGUAAUCGAAACGCCAACUCGAGAUCCCUCGCACAGUUCGAUUCCUCGAUGAGUCUGAAUGACAAGAAAGUGAAGGACAUGGGUCCUGAGUUUAUUAGAAUGUUAGAUGAGCCGCUGGUUGUCUUGGAGCUGCCUGGAUCCAUCGUGUCAAAGAAAGGGAAAUCUCCAAUCACUCAGAGAGAGCUGAGUGUGGUGAUGCCAAACGGUCAGAGCAUCCUGGUCAAGUGUGAGGUGAAAUCCAGAGGAGGGGACGUCUUUGACAUGAUUGUGGCUCACUCCAACCUGGUGGAACAUUUCUACUUUGGCCUUGCUUAUAUUGACGAUAAUGAGUUUUACUUUGUGGACAACGAUACCAAGAUUUCCAAAGUUGCUCCAGAUAGCUGGAAGAAAGUGCCUACAACCACCCUUGUCCUUUUCUUCAGGGUCAAAUUCUUUGUCAAUGACAUUUCUCUUCUUUUGCAAAAACAGACCCGCCACAAGUAUUACCUCCAGCUCAGGAGAGACCUUUUGGAGGACAGGCUGUCCUGCCAUGAGGAGACGGCUCUGUACCUGGGAGCUCUGGCCCUGCAGACGGAGUGUGGAGACUGCAUGCCUGAGGUAUAUGGUAGGAACUACUACCGCCCUGACCAGUAUGUCUCCAAGAGCGUGAUGGAGAAACGUGCCUUGCCUCACAUUCAGGGGGAGCUGCUACGACUUCACACCAACAACGCUCAGAUGCUCACCGACGAAUCAGAGCUCGAGUUCCUCAAGGUGUGUCAGCAAUUGCCUGAAUACGGCGUGUUGUUCCACCGUGUGAUGCGUGAGAAAAAGCCCUUAGAAGGAGAGAUCGUCAUUGGGGUUUGUGCCAAAGGAGUCAACGUCUACGAGGUUAAAGAUGGCGGCAGAUCCACCAAUCAGACUUUCUACUGGAGGGAGACGGCAACAAUCUCUUCUAACAGGCGUAAAUUUGUAAUAGAGUGCCGGGGCAGCAAGAAGAGGUACACCUUCAUCACAGAGAGAUCGAAGGUGGCCACAUAUCUGUGUAACCUCUGUUCAGCCCAACACAAGUUCAACAAUGAGAUGAGCUCUCGCCAGCUGAGCCACAGCCUGGUUUCAGAGGAGAACAUUGUGCAGUACGCGGCAGUGUGUCGCGCACAGAGCAGCCUGCACAAGUCCUACUCCAGUUCAGAGAUGCCACAGGAUGACAGCGGUCUGACCACGCCUCAGGACGAGCCCCUGAACAAGCUGUGUGAUGACGUCAACGCCAGGAUCGUGGCACGCAUUAAACAGCAGCGCCUCAAUGAGCAGAGUACCUGCUCCAGCAGUCAGCGCAGCAGCACUGGUAUGCAUUCCCCGGCCUGCUCUCAGAGGAGCGGAUCUGAAGCUCUUUCUGGCUCCCCAGCAGCCAGAGAUACCCCAACAAAACUAGGGUCAUCGCCAGAGAGAGAAGUCAUAUGUGUUUCUUUAAAGAAAGACCCAAAGCUUGGCCUGGGUGUCGUGAUAGUGGGAGAGGACACCGUGGGCCAUUAUGACUUGGGCGUCUUUGUUGCUUCCAUUGUGCCUGGCGGACCCGCUGAUAAGGACGGACGCAUCCGACCAGGUGGUCGUCUGAUCUCUCUGAACCACAUCAGCCUGGAGGGCGUCACCUUCAGCGAGGCAGCGGAGGUCAUGCAGAGCAGCCCCGAGGAGGUGCAGCUCAUUAUCUCACAGCCAAAAGUGGGCCUCAGUCCCAACAGUGUGCGCUCUCCUGUGUUGAGGAAUUACGAGUCCCAGACCACGUUGAUGGCGGACGGCCGAUCGGGAGACGACAGCUUGGAUGAGCUUGUUUCGGUCAUGAUGACACCGAAGACCGGCAACAGGCUUCACGUCCCCCGAGAAGUACGAAUCCUUGGUGCACAGGACUGCUGCUCUCUGUCUCCCCCUCUGAACUGCAUGAGGCCAGAGGAGAUCCCUGUGGAGCUCAGAAAGAUAUCAGGAAGUCUGGGAAUCAGCAUCUCUGGUGGCGUCAACACUAACUUUCCUAAUGGAGGAAUCUACAUAAGAAGUCUUGUUCAAGGAGGGGCUGCUGAGAGAGACAGACGUCUACAGUCAGGUGACAGACUGAUGGAGGUGGAUGGGAUUAGCUUCCACGGCUUCACCUACCAGCAGGCUGUGGAGCGUCUGAGUAACACUGGGGAGGUGGUAACCUUGGUUGUGGAGAGGGUGUUGAUGAACAUACCCAGGGUUUCCACAUUCAGCAGCGGAUCCAAUCAGAGCAUCAGUCCAACUACCAGCCCGCUAAGGUUCAACAGCUGCUCGUCCAUCAGUACAACUCCAAAUGCGAUCUCCAGGGACUACAGCUUUGUCAAUGACGACAACACCCAGGAAGUGACUCUGACUAAGAAUGCCAACGGCCUGGGCUUCAGCUUCCUCAUGUGUGAGCUGGAUCCGCCCACUCGGGACUUUGGCAGCCUGGUCCGGAUAAAGCAGCUUUACCCCGGCCAGCCGGCCCAGCAGAGCGGCAGGAUCCGGGAGGGAGACGUGCUGUUGGCCGUCAACGGCCAGUCACUCAAGGAGCUGUCCUAUCCAAGGGUGCUAAAGCUCUUCAAGACUGCACCACCUGAGGUUCGACUGACUCUCAGUCGGCCUGCACCAGGGAUCCUUCCUUCCAUUGAUCAGUUUACUGGCACAUGAGUGAUGUCACAGUGUCACACAGCAGCGGCACUCAGGGAUGUUCAGAAGCAACACCUCGCUUCCUGACCAAUGAGGAAGUGGUGAUGGAGACCGAAGAAAUACUGAGCGGUAGAGGUGUUUCGAUCAGCGCGUUAAGCCGAUCCAAUCGAUGGGACUCCGACACUGCUGAGAGGCAUACUGAAGAAACAGUGACGGAGCAGGAGAGCGGAGAGGUUGGAGGCUGAAUGUAGAUGGAUUUGUGGAAGCAACAGUUCAAUAAAAAUGAAAUCUAAAAGAGGCAUUUUAUUGACACUGAAAAAGAAGACGACGGAAAUCAACUUUAAAAGAAUUAUUGGUACAAAUGUUGUUGAGGACACAAAAAGUCCACACAUAUGGAGAAUAUGUUGAAAUUGUGAAUGCCAUUUCUCUGUCAUUAAAAAUAAUUUAAACGUU